GUAGCUCAGGCUGAAGCCAAACGUUGACUUUGUGGAUUUCAGUAUCUGUAACAGUUCUUCGUUCCGUUUGAAUGGGUAUGACAGGUAGCAGCGGGAGCCAAAGUUGUUUAACGUUAUUUAUUACUCAGACGGUUGAGCUAAAAAUAGGGUGGGACAAAACGCACAAAAUCAGCCAGUAGUGUUACACCAAAUCACCGAUAGUGUCAGGAAGGUUUCGUAUAUCCUUCGCAGCUUUCCCAGAAUCGUAAUCGACAUGCCCACAUUCACGGUGGAUGAAGGCGAUGUGAGGUUUUACUAUGAGGAUACAGGACCUCCAAUCGAUGACCCUACCGAGGCGUAUACGACCGUGAUCAUGCUCCACGGUACAUUUUAUCACUCAGCUAUCUUUCGGAGACUAAUUCCACAUGCUAAGAAAUUCAAGCUCCGUCUGGUUCUUCUGAAUCAAAGAGAUUAUCUUGGGUCGACUCCUCACCAAGAAAAGGACAUUAAUGCACUUAGAAGUAGCGACACUGAUGUUCAGAGAUCGAUCCUGCGCGAACACGGUCAUCAAUAUGUAAAUUUCAUCGUCGGUAUUAUUGGAGCUCUUUCUAUACCCCCGCUCUAUAUCGCCGAAGACGGCUUACUCGCUGGCGGCAUUUCUUUUGUCGCCUGGUCUUCGGGCAACCAUGUUCUCUUCGAGUUCCUCUCGUACAUGGAUAUAUUGCCGGAAGGAAGGAAGAAUACCCUUCGCACUCAUCUUCGCAGCGUCGUCGUCUAUGACCCUCCGAUGAACGUCAUAGGCGACAGACCCCCUUUGUUUUUUCGAGAAGUCGGAAACAGGACGAGCGGAUUCUGGUCGCCUUUCCGUGACCCAGCAAUCCCAAUUGCGCAGAAGAUGGGGCUGUUUCCCCUAUUCGCAUCCUCACACUACACUCCUGUCUCAGAGCUACCGUCUCUCCACGACGCCGCCAUUGAAGACACAUUUAAACUUCUACACGGGCGAAAGAUGCUAGACGACCCUCCUGCAACUUGUUCAUCCAUGUCAGAGAAAGACAUCGAGGAAGUUGCGAUUGAGGGACACCUGUCUCCCCGUACUGCCUCCUUUCUAUUCCAUGUUAAACCAGAAAUCUUCUCGGAGCACGUUCGUCGUUCAUUCACUCAAUUGGAGAAAGUCGAUAGCAUUGUUCCUGGAGAAUCCCAAGAAUUAAACUCUAGGUUCAAAAUAACAUUGGUUUGGUGCGAUAGGACAGCCGCAGAAUGUAUUCUUGGAGCCUCUACUCUUGUACAGAUGCAUGACAAAAUGAAUGAGGAGGGCGUCCCUGUGAGGCGGUUGAUCGUCAAGAAGCUCGAGAAUGCGAAUCAUUUGGUGCAUUGGGAAGAGCCGGAGCGUUUCAUGACGUUCUUGGCCGAGCAGGUCUAAACUUCAGCAUUGUUGGUUGUAUCUGCUUACCUCCAAAUUACCUGCAGUCGAGCUCCGUAAGGUGUGACCCAAAACGAUCAGUGUAUGCGGGUAGUCAUGAAUGUCAGGAUCCCUCUGUCAAGAUGUGCGCCGCCAUCACGUUAAUCCACAAUCACAUUGCAAUCUGCGAACUAUCCAGACCAAGAGCAUGCAAGAAGAUAUUCACAUUCGACAGUCUCGUUUUACGCGUCUCCUCGUCAGAGAUAGACCAGGCUUUUGAUGCACUAGCAACGUUGUCCAGUACGCGGUCACGCAGAGAGGUCACCAAAACCUGUUGUUGCUCCAGGGAAGAGUUGAGAGAGAGCGUCGCAAGGAAUUGCCAGACAGGUUGGUCUAUGGUAUCCAUGUCGGGGAUUUCAGUGACGGGGAUGCCUCCUGAGUUAAUGGCUUGUCGAACGGAGGGGAACAGGUAUGGAAGAUGCGGAGUGAUGAGUUCGAAGAAGUGCUCAAACAUCAAUUGCCUACCAAAAUCGAAAGUGGGGCUAUGAGCGAUCAUGGAUUAUUUUCGACUGAAUCUGACAUACCAUUGCUCUAAAUCUUCAGGUGCCGGAAGUUCCGAAGGAUCAGUUGCAUUAGCCAUGCUCUGAUUGAUGACCUCGACUCGACUCAGGAAAAGUGUCAACAACGCAAUCCCGGGCUGUUGAAAGUGAUAUCAGUACAAGCCCUUGACGAUUAUCAAGAUACACACCCUCGUUCUUGCAAUAACUUCAAUCUCAUUUCUCUCGAGGAACACUCCAAGCAUCCCACUGACAAGUCUCAAGCUCGCAGUAGCGCCAAUCGGCAAAAUACUCUGCAUCACACUUCCCAAGAAUGCUUGAGUCUGCAUUUCAACAUCUCUUCGCUCCUGAGAAUCAGUCAGAAUGUCCAGCAAGUACGAGUUGAC